GUCCAAAAGCCACACUCUCUUUCAAACGAAACGCAGCUACCCUCAACUGUCACUGCCUUCUCUCCCAUAUAGCUUUCCACCAUUGCCCGUCAGUCUACUUUUGUUUUCCAGUGUGGUGUUUUCUGAAGUUAGGGUUUGAAAGAGCCUAACCCGCUCUCUCUUCCAUUUGUUUUUUCUCUCGCCUCUUCCAAUCUCCCAAAUGUUCAGUUGUUGCCUUGCCGCUAGCUUCUAAGACAGACCCAAGCAAGUUUUUGAGUAUGCUGUUGCUGAGCCAUAUUAUGAGUUAGAAGAAGAGCUCCCAACAAUUUGGGAAAUGAAGAAGAAUGACACAAAUAGAGAUAGAGAUAGAGAUAGGUGGCAAAUCCUCUACAUUCCAGACAAGCCCCCCAUACCGCCCAACCAACAACAACCCACUGUGAAUGUUUUUGCUUCAAUCAUUGACCCAAAGCUUGCUAACACUCUUAUAAGGCGAUUAAAUCAGAUAGCACCACUAGAAAAUCUCCGCCAUGUGAAGCGGAUCCGCAAAAAGCAGCUCGAAGGAGGGAAAACUGAGUUAUUAGUCAUCUUAUGUCUAGCAUCUGAAAAUGACAGUCACUUGGACACCAUGCAACAUGAUGUUCGAGAGCUUGUCAAUUCCUACCAGUUGAGUGCUUUUAUUACAAAAGUUUGCAAAUUUCCCGCAUCAUCAAAAGAAGAGUGGGAAGAACAAUGCAAGCUUUGGCCAACGUCAUAUCAUCCACCAACCUACAAUAUUGAUGGCAUUACUGGAUUUAAUGAAGAGGACUCACAAUCAGUUUUCAGCUUCAUGAGAUUUGCUGUUGAGUUGGCAAAAUCUGGUGAUGGCUUGGUAACUAAUGCUGCGGUGAUAGUGGAUCCUUCAGUUAAGAAAGUGAUUGCAAGUGCAUGUGAUGAAAUUUGCUCUUGGAAUAUUCCCACUAACAAUCAAACCAGCUCCUUUAAAGUGCCAGAUACCUGCAUUUCUCAUUCCAAUUCCAAUAGAAUAAUAACCCAUGACACUAUACCUUCAAAUGGUUCCACCAGCGAACUCAAACAAUUAUGUACCGGUGCCUCUUGUUUAUACCCUUGGCGGUGGUCUGAGCAAGAAUUAUAUAUGCCAAAUUCUUCUUGUUGGCACCCUCUACGACAUGCUGCUAUUGUAGCGAUUGAAUGCUCUGCUGCUAGAGAUAGGCAACUUUUCCCUGAUUUGGGUGACAAUGAAGAUAAGUCUUUUGAAUUGGAUCAUAUGCAUUCUUCCACCAGCUCUCCAGCAAAAAGACAAAAAGUCAAUCUUGAAAAUGUUGAGGACACUGAGAAACUGGAUACUCUUACUGAAGGUUGUCAUCCUGUAGCAGCCAGACCUUAUCUAUGUACUGGGUAUGACAUCUACCUUGUUUGGGAGCCAUGUACAAUGUGUGCAAUGGCACUUGUCCAUCAACGAAUUAGGCGCAUUUUUUAUGCUUUCCCAAAUCCUAAUGCUGGUGCCUUGGGCAGUGUUCACAGAUUGCAGGGAGAAAAAAGCUUAAAUCAUCACUACGCCGUUUUCAGGGUCUUGUUGCCUGAAGAGGUGUUAAGUGUGGAAUUAUAACAAAAUUUUAUCUCUUGUUAGUUAACAAGUAUGUGGAGGUCCUGAUGAUGCUAGGGACGCACCAGCAUUGAGGUUCCUCAUACCUGCCCAAUGAGAUGAAUGUGAUUUAUUGCCUCAUUUUUAGUAUUUUAUUUUUGUGCUAAGUUAAAAGAAGGCCCUUGGAUACUGAUAUGCAUCUUUUCUUUAUAUGCAGUCAGUUUUGUUUUACAUGUAAACCAAUUUUUAUUCUUCUCAGUUUUGUUUAGCAUGUAGACCAUAAAAUCUUAGAACAUAUAAUGAAGAAUGUCAGGCAGAAUACAAUCAUGGCAGAGUUUCUUUUAAGCAAUCACCAGAAUGAUGAAGAUAUAACUAUAAGCAGGCCGUAAGGCUUUGCAUGAGUCA